AUGCAACUCGUGCUGUGCGCAGCUGAUGAAGCCCUUGCAGUGUCGAUGCUUCGCAGACUUCCACGGUUCUCUCAAAUGCCGCUGACGCGCACCCGUGACAUGUCGCUCAUAGACCGUGGCACAAUUGUGGUGGAUGUCGGGGCAACUUACGACGCGACUAAGAACCGCUUUGAUCAUCAUCAACGUGGUUUCGAGGAAACGUUUGACGCUGAUCACAAGGUCAAGUUGAGCUCCGCCGGUUUGACGUGGAAACACUUUGGCAAGGACAUUCUGCGCAUCAGCGCCCCUGCGCUCACGCCAGAAGAGGUUGAGACCCUGUACAUCAAAAUGUACGACGACUUUGUGGAGGGGAUUGACGGCAUCGACAACGGCGUGGAACGCUAUCCGGCUGCUGCGGGCAAGCCAGCUUACAAAGACCGGACAGAUCUUUCGUCUCGGGUCAGCUACCUGAAUCCUCGCUGGAACGAGGAGGUGGACGAUGAGGAGAGAAUGCGCAGAUUCGAGAGAGCAAGCAGCUUAGCCGGGCAGGAAUUUUUCGACCGGUUGGACUACGCAGUCCAUGGUUGGCUGCCAGCACGCAAAUUGGUUCAAACAGCGCUUGCGAAUAGGAAGACAGCGGAAGGCGGUGAUUCGUCGGGAAAGAUUCUUAUCUUUGAUGGAUACGUCAGCUGGAAGGACCAUCUCUUCACGCUCGAGAAGGAGUCGAACAUCCCGGCUGAAGAGCAACCGCUGUAUGCUGUCUACCCAGACGAGUCUGGUAAGUGGCGGGUGCAGGCAGUCCCAGAGUCACCAAGCAGCUUUGCGAGCAGGAAAGCUUUGCCCGAGCCUUGGCGAGGCAUCCGAGACGACGACCUCAGCAAACUGAGCGGUGUCCCUGGUUGCAUUUUUGUGCACCAAAGUGGCUUCAUUGGAGGAAAUCAGACGCGGGCCGGUGCACUCGAAAUGGCAAGUAAAGCCUUGCAUUGGAGUUGA